CCUACCAUCCCUUUAUACGGAUAUCAGAACAGCGAAUAUACUUCCAGUAAUCUGUUAAGGGAAUAUGAUGAAAUCCCUUUUCAUAUUGGCUGCCCUCUUUUCUCUUGCUCUGGUCUCAAAUGGGAGAAAAGAUCCAGGAGAGUACUGGCAAGGUGGUGUGAAAGAUGGGCCAUUCCCUGAAUUAAUCCAAGGCCUUGUCGAUGCAAGUAAAGUCACAUCUGUCUCAACCACAAAGAACCACUGUCACACCCUAGCAGAAGAAUCCAAGAGAUUUGUACCACGCCCUCACAUCUCAUCCCACAAUUAUCAUCAUGAUGGUAAACUCAAUGCAAAGACAACUGUUGCAAAAGAUUUUGAGUCGAGGCCUAACAGCCCGAUUUACAACGAUGCUGCCACAUCAAAAGGUGAGAAAUCUUUUAAAAAGAAUUUUGAGCCGAUACCUAAUAUCUCAUCUUAUGAUGAUGAUGCUAAAUUACGAGCCAAAGAGUCUUUCAAUGAAGACUUUGAGCCAAGACCUAAUAUUUCGGCCUAUACCGAUGAUGAUAAAGUCGAAGAAAAGAAAUCUUUCGUGAAAGAUUUUGAGCCGAGGCCUAAUAUCUCAGCUUACACCGAUGAUGAUAAAGCUAAUGAAAAAAAAUCUUUUGUAAAAGAUUUUGAGCCGAGGCCUAAUAUCUCAGCUUAUGGUGGCGAUGAUAAAGUCGACGAAAAAAAAUCUUUUGUGAAAGAUUUUGAGCCGAGGCCCAAUAUCUCAGCUUAUAGUGAUGACGAUAAAGUCGAUGAAAAGAAAUCAUUUGUGAAGGACUUUGAGCCGAGGCCUAAUAUCUCAGCUUAUAGUGAUGAUGAUAAAGUCGACGAAAAGAAAUCAUUUGUGAAGGACUUUGAGCCGAGGCCGAAUAUCUCAGCUUACACUGAUGAUGAUAAAAUUGAUGAAAAGAAGUCUUUUAUAAAAGAUUUUGAACCAAGGCCUAAUAUCUCAGCUUAUGGCGGUGAUGAUAAAAUCGACGAAAAGAAAUCUUUUGUGAAGGACUUUGAGCCGAGGCCGAACAUCUCAGCUUACACUGAUGACGAUAAAGUUGAUAAAAAGAAGUCUUUUAUAAAAGAUUUUGAGCCAAGACCUAAUAUUUCGGCUUAUAACGAUGAUUCGGUGGGAGAGGAGGCAAAGAAGGCAUUAAAGAAAGAUUUGCAAAAGGAUUCUGUUAAUGAGGAAUAGGGUGAGCAGAAAAAUAUGAAGUGGUUGAUGAAGUUACUUCAGAUCAUUCCUCAUUUGUGUGUGUGAUGUGCAACUACUGAGAUGAUUGUUCAUUCAUAAAUAAAAGUUUGAUUGAUUUACAUGUCAAA